AGCUUGUAAAAAGGAGCCGUUGGCGGCCUAAAGGUGAGAGGGCAGACGGGGUUAGCGAUUUUGAGGAAGGCAGAGGACCACCGGAAAAGCUCGUGAGCCUCGGGGCCCCUUCUCCUCCUACCCUCCUUUACCCUAAGGGUCCCCUAGCAGCGGGGACCGUCCCGGCCCGGUGUAUGGCCACAGAGUUCCAGUGUCAGGAUUCCAUGCCCUGUCACAAUCAGCAAGUAAACUCUGCUUCUACCCCAAGUCCCGAACCAUCGCUGAGAUCUGGCGACCCAAUUGAGGAUCAUGCUGAGGGCAAUAGUAGCGUUAUGGCGAAACUGACUCUCCUGGCCCGGCAUGCCCAUCCUAACGUGCUGGCUGACGACUCUCAGGCCUGUGGCAGCAGCGUCAACCUUCACUCCGAGAGCAACAGUGACAGUGGUGACAGUAACAACUACGACGCACCUGCGGGUGACUCCCUCCUAGGAGAAAGUGAACUCUCGGGACAGAUCGGGACUCAGCUUAAGCUGCUUCCCAUGAAUGAUCAGAUCCGAGAGCUGCAGACCAUCAUCCGGGACAAGACAGCCAGUAGAGGGGACUUCAUGUUUUCUGCGGAUCGUUUGAUCAGACUUGUUGUGGAAGAGGGAUUGAAUCAGCUGCCAUAUAAAGAAUGCAUGGUGACUACUCCAACAGGGUACAAAUAUGAAGGAGUGAAGUUUGAGAAGGGAAACUGUGGGGUCAGCAUAAUGAGAAGUGGUGAGGCAAUGGAACAAGGUUUACGAGACUGCUGUCGAUCCAUAAGAAUUGGAAAGAUCCUGAUUCAGAGUGAUGAGGAGACACAAAGAGCCAAAGUAUAUUAUGCCAAGUUCCCCCCAGACAUUUACCGGAGAAAAGUCCUUCUGAUGUAUCCAAUUCUCAGCACUGGAAAUACUGUAAUUGAAGCUGUAAAGGUCCUUAUAGAACAUGGAGUUCAACCUAGUGUUAUUAUCCUGCUCAGUCUCUUCUCUACUCCUCAUGGUGCCAAAUCAAUCAUUCAAGAAUUUCCAGAAAUCACAAUUUUAACUACUGAAGUCCAUCCUGUUGCACCUACACAUUUUGGACAGAAAUACUUUGGAACAGAUUAAAUUACUGAAAGAAAAGGAAGCAUUUUGUGUCAUGUUACAGUUGUGUCUUGACUCUGUAUUUCUUUUACUAGUUUGAGGAAUAAUAGAGAAAGAUACAUUAAAGAUACCUUUUAAUUUUGGAAAUGUGGAUAAUAAAAAGUCAGUAAGUAAGGAUUUUUAAUUUAGUUGGUUAUUUCUUGAUGGUACCAGACUUAACAAAGAGUCGGCACACAAAUCUUAAUAAUAUGCUUAUGGAGAUUGCUGACUUCUCAUUUAGUACAUUGGAAUUGUUCCCUAAUUUAUGAUUUUCUUAGUUUGGAAGUUACUUGUAGCUAUGAAUAAAACUCAAAUGAGAGUCCUUCCUUUGCCCACUACAGUUUA